AUGGUGUGCGUAGGUCAGAUUAAGGCUUCUUCUAAGCAUCCUACGUUGCAAAAAACGCGUCUGGGAUGGAUACUCGCUGGGCGUACAAGCAAUGCGCCUCAAGCUACCACAAGGGUACAUUCGUUGCAUGCCUCAGUAUCCGAUACACAGUUGCAUUCGGAGUUAAAACGAUUCUGGGACAUGGAUGAAACAACAGUUCAGGAAAGCAGUCUUACGAUGGAGGAGAACUCAUGUGAACGGCGUUUUCUCGACAGCGUUCAGCGGAACCAGCAGGGUCGACUCGUAGUUCAGCUCCCCAUUAAGGAACAUUUGAUACAAAGAAUCGGUGAUUCACGGAACAUUGCCUUGAAUCGUCUGAGGACGUUGGAAAGGCGUUUCAAGCGCGAGCCGGAGGUUAAGGUUGCAUAUUCUCAGUUCUUAGAUGAGUACAUGGCGCUCGGUCACAUGCGUCUCGUGAAUCCAUCAGGCAAAGAGGUAUGGCCAUCAGUUUACCUGCCUCAUCACUGCGUCUUCAAGAUCACCGGUAAUUCUUCGAAAAUUAGAGUCGUUUUCGACGCAUCAUCCAAAGGCAGCAAUGGGCUGUCACUCAAUGACACGUUGAUGAUGGCCGGUCGUUCAGCAGGACCUGGCGUCCACAUUGAUGCGUUUUCGUACAUUCCAAUAUGUUGUAAUCGCGGACAUAAUUAA